CAUGAGAUCAAGGACCGUAUCAGUUUAAACAGGGGCUCAGAGUGGCAUUUGAGAGAAAGGACACUUCCUCUUGUAGUAGACACUUUGCAGAAGGGCUCUAUUGACCAAGAGUAAGGAAGGACUUUCACCAGAGACCUGUGUAGUCAACUUGAUUUCCACAAAUUUCCUUUUGUCUACGCUUGGAGUGGUUCAAACUCUAUGAUGUCAUCCUAUAAGUGCCACCAGAGUGGAAUGCUGAAAAGUCACAACUGUGUCUUGAUUUACAAAUCAGAGACACAGGGAAACAAAAACCACACUCCAGAGAGUAGCUUAAUUGGACUCACCACCAAGAUGCUGAAGGUGAAGCGCUUAGAGGAGAUCGACACGUGUUACAGCAGCAGCGGGCUGGAGAAGGUGACAUUUUUCCAGUGCAUGAAAGAGGUGGAGAAAGUGAAAUGCUUUCUGGAGGAAAAUUCUGGUGAACUGCAUUCAAGCUCAGGAAAAAAUGAGGCUAAAGAGCAGGCAUGGUUAAACCCUGGCCUGAAGGAAAGGACAUCUAUCACAGAUGAAAGGACAUCAGUUGUCACAGAGGGAUCUACCAGGAAGAACCACCUCUUGUCUGAGAAAGAAAAGGUAGCUAAACUCAACAAGAAAAAUGCCGAGAAGACCAGUGCCUCUGUAGCUCAAUACAGCUUUGCCAUCUGCCCUCCAGAGAGAGGAGGCGAAGAGGAAGGCUUUGCUGCAAGAAAUUCCAUAGCACCAAGUGAGAAGACAGCUGGAGAAGACAUUUCGUGCACACAGAGCCCAAAGGGACAAGAGAGCAAUCGUGCUGGCAUUGACAGGCAAGCUGCUGUGGACAAAAAUGAAUGUCUGCGGUCUGAAGAAGGAAAAAAUGGGCUCCAUCCCACGGAAAGCAGUACGGGCAGGGAAACUGAGGAAGGAGAAGCAACAAACACAAGCAGGACAGCGCUGGACCAGCGUGCAGGGGAGGAGCAGCGCGCGGAUGAAAGCGGCGCUGGUCAGCCCCAGGACAGGUGUAUUGGCAGCAUAAAGGCUCUUUCUACACCAGGAAUCCGGAGAAAUUCUGCAUCAGGGUCCUCAUUCCAGAACGCUGAGCAGACAGAGUCGGCGGGCAGCAGUAAGCGGAGAGUGGCAGAAGAGCCCUGCGUGGACGAGCACACCAAGAAGAGCAGGACAGAUGUAGCGGGCCUGGGCGUGGAGGGCGCACUGACAGAGACUCCAGAAGCCAGGCAAGGCCAGGCGCGGGCCCAGGCUGGACCCCAAGAGUCCACUGGAGCAGAGAUCCCCGGAAUGCAAGAUCUGGUGGCUCCACUGGAUGAUGUCCCGGCUCCUGCUGCCCCAUUUGAUCAUCGGAUUGUGACAGCCAAACAAGCAGCAGCGAAUAGCUUCUACACCGUGAGCAAAACAGAGAUCUUAGGAGGAGGACGUUUUGGGCAGGUUCACAAGUGUGAAGAGAAAGCAACGGGCUUGAAGCUGGCUGCCAAAAUCAUUAAGACCAGAGGUGCAAAGGACAAGGAGGAAGUGAAAAAUGAGAUCAGUGUUAUGAACCAGCUGGACCACGUGAACCUCAUUCAGCUCUACGAUGCCUUCGAGACCAAGAACGACAUCGUCCUGAUCAUGGAGUACGUGGAAGGCGGGGAGCUGUUCGACCGCAUCAUUGACGAGACCUGCAGCCUGACGGAGCUCGACACCAUCCUGUUCGUCAAGCAGAUAUGCGAGGGCAUAAGGCACAUGCAUCAGAUGUACAUCCUGCACUUGGACCUGAAGCCUGAGAAUAUCCUCUGUGUGAAUCGGGACACUAAACAAAUAAAAAUUAUUGAUUUUGGAUUGGCCAGAAGAUACAAACCCAGGGAGAAACUGAAGGUGAACUUUGGAACCCCUGAAUUUCUCGCCCCCGAAGUUGUGAACUAUGACUUUGUUUCCUUCCCGACAGACAUGUGGAGUGUGGGGGUCAUCGCCUACAUGCUACUUAGUGGUUUGUCCCCUUUCCUGGGUGACAAUGAUGCAGAGACGCUGAGCAACAUCCUGGCCUGCAGGUGGGACUUAGAGGAUGAAGAAUUUCAGGACAUCUCAGAUGAAGCCAGGGAGUUCAUCUCCAAGCUCCUAAUUAAGGAGAAAAGUUGGAGAAUAAGUGCCAGUGAAGCUCUCAAGCACCCCUGGCUGUCCAGUCACGAGCUCCACGCCAGACUCCACGCACAGAAGAAGUGCAACUCCGAUGCUCAUAAUCUCAUGACCAAAUAGUCCACGGAAGACACCCCUUUGAAAGAUUUUGUUUGCUUUGCAGGAAAACUGCUGUGGUUGCUGCUGCUUUGAGAAGACUUUUGGAAAAAUCAGCAGUUCGGAUGACUUGACCCCUAGGAUGACUGGCAGCUGGCCGCAGCAGAGGAGGCCUUGAACUUGUGCUGGGAGCGCCUUUGCCUGGCUCAGCCAGGGCACCCGUGCUGGUCCCUGGGGUGCAGGCAGACCCCAGUUCUACAGCCUGCAUGGUGGGAGGUGUCUCCCUGCCUCCUUGAGUUAUUUUUAAUUUUUUAAUUUUUGGAUGUUAGUCACUGGGGCAGGGGUACGUUAUGCCUGCUCUUUCUCCAAUUCCUAGAGCAGUCAGAGUUGAAAUUUGAGAUUUAAGAGCCCGGAGGCUACACGAAGAGGCAAAAAGUGGCUUCCAGUCAUGAAACCGUGCCUCUCAAAGGGGUGAUUCUGUCUCUAGGAAAGGUCUCAGUUUGUCACCCUGAAGCACUUCUCGAGUGGCCUGAAAUCUGGUGAACUCAAUGGGCAAAUAAUUUGCUUGCUGGAGUAUAAGCCCUCUUCAAAUUCCUGAAGCAAAAGGCACCGGGCACCGGACCUCGCCGCUUCCGUGUAUUCUCCAGUCUCCCCAAGCGCAUCAGUUUCUUCCCAGUAGCUGCUUCUGCUUUCAGAGUAGUCAUGCUUUUUCACGAUGUGCUUCCUGUUCCCGUCGUCGGAGGGGCUGCUCCUACACUUACGAAGACCAACAGCUGCACCCACCGACGCAGAUUCCUGUGACUUGGAGGCUUGCGAAGAAAUAGCAGUCGGACACGGAAGGUGAAGGACCCGAUGCCCCCCAGCUGGCCCCCUGAGUGUGACAGUGAUGCCCGGGGAAGGCGUCUAUUCCUGUCCUCUCGAGCCAUUUCCUGACCGUUAUUUAAUAAGGGGCAUGAGUGCUACUGUGGGUGGCCUUGUACAGAGGGACACAGAGCGGAAAGAUCAAAAUAUGUGCCGUUUCCUUCCGAAGGAGGAGAGGUCCAGAGCGCCCGCUGCCCUCAGUCCCACUGCAUGCUCUGCACCACACUCAGUGCCCCGCCCUGGGACCUUUCCUCAGUUUCCAAUUUCUAGAUACUGCUGUGUUAGCAGGAAGUGGUGGCGAAUGGCUGUGAUCCCAGUAGUCUGGGAAGCCGAGGCAGGAGGAUCACAUGUUUGGGCCCAGCCUGGGUAAUUUAGCAACUUAGCAACACCCUGCCUUAAGAUUAAAAAUAAAUAAAUAAAUAAAAGGGCUAGAGAUACAAUUCUGAGCAAAAGCCAAACAGACCAAAGAACAAUGCUAUUGUGUCAAAAUAUGCUAGACCUGUUCCCUAAUGUUCAGCGCAGUAUAUUGUGCAGGCUAGUUGGUCACAACAGCAGUGAAUGGUACGGAGCAAGAGUUGCUUGGGGGCUCUGUCGGGAUGGCAGAUGGACUCUCCUCCCUUCGCUCCACCCAGCCAGCCAGCCGACCUGCGAAGCACUCCUGUGAGCAGUGCGUGGCGUCCUCCUCCUCCUGCAGGGGACAGUGGAGGUCGAGGCGGAGGCGCUGUCCUGGGGCCCCGAGCCGCCCCUGGCAGUCCCGCUUACUCUGCAGUGCACUCCUCCAGCCUCCACACUCAUAAGGCAGCACAUGUCCUUUUCCCUUUGGCCGAUGCUUUUAUCUAAAGCUAUUUUCUUCUAC